AGAGGGAGUUCGGGCUGUUUACAGCCGCCCACGGGGGGGAGGGCGGCAGCGCAGCCGGCCCGAGCCUGUGGAAUGUUCUCUCACUGCCAGAGAUCCGGCCGCGGAGGAGGCCUGCCCUGCCCCGAGCUCUUAAUGUGAAGGGGCAGGAGCGACCCUGGAGCCAGGCUGCGUGACGGGUGGGGACCGGGAGCUGCUUGGGUCCUGUCCCCCUCUGUCCCUCGGUUCCCUCAGGCUCCACACCCGAUGGCGCUCCCGGGCCCACGCCCCGCCAUCAUCCCCGAGGAUGAAGAGGUCCCCCAGGCGGCCCGGAACGGGGUCCACCGGGCUCCUGGCGGCGAGGACGAGAGGGCUGUGUCCAGGCCACAGCGCAGGCACAGCGACCUCAAGGUCUACAAGGAGUUUUGCGACUUUUAUGCGAAAUUCAACAUGGCCAACGCCCUGGCCAACGCCAGCUGCGAGCGCUGCCGGGGUGGCUUCGCGCCUGCGGAGAAGAUCGUCAACAGCAAUGGCGAGCUGUACCACGAGCAGUGCUUUGUGUGCGCCCAGUGCUUCCAGCAGUUCCCUGAGGGCCUCUUCUAUGAGUUUGAAGGAAGGAAGUACUGUGAACAUGAUUUUCAGAUGCUCUUUGCUCCCUGCUGUCAUCAGUGUGGUGAAUUCAUCAUCGGCCGCGUCAUCAAAGCCAUGAACAACAGCUGGCAUCCCGAGUGCUUCCGCUGCGACCUCUGCCAGGAGGUCCUGGCCGACAUCGGGUUUGUCAAGAACGCUGGCAGGCAUCUGUGUCGCCCCUGUCACAACCGUGAGAAAGCCCGAGGCCUUGGGAAAUACAUCUGCCAGAAGUGUCAUGCCAUCAUUGACGAGCAGCCUCUGAUAUUCAAGAACGACCCCUACCACCCAGACCACUUCAACUGCGCCAACUGCGGGAAGGAACUGACGGCGGACGCCCGGGAGCUGAAGGGGGAGCUGUACUGCCUGCCGUGUCAUGACAAAAUGGGGGUGCCCAUCUGUGGCGCCUGCCGCCGGCCCAUUGAAGGGCGCGUGGUGAACGCCAUGGGCAAGCAGUGGCACGUGGAGCAUUUUGUGUGUGCCAAGUGUGAAAAGCCAUUUCUCGGACAUCGCCACUACGAGAGGAAGGGCCUGGCGUACUGUGAAACCCACUAUAACCAGCUAUUUGGUGAUGUUUGUUUCCACUGCAAUCGUGUUAUAGAAGGUGACGUGGUCUCUGCCCUCAACAAGGCCUGGUGCGUGAGCUGCUUCGCCUGCUCCACCUGCAACACCAAGUUAACACUCAAGAACAAAUUUGUGGAGUUUGACAUGAAGCCAGUCUGCAAGAAGUGCUAUGAGAAGUUUCCGUUGGAGUUGAAGAAAAGACUUAAGAAACUAGCUGAGACCUUAGGAAGGAAAUAACUUCCUUUGUUUUAUUUUUUUCUCUUCUAUGCAAAGAUAAGAGGUUACAACACUGCUUGACCUGAUGUACCCUUACUUAAAGCCGUAUCUCAAAAUAGUUGAGAGUGAAGAGGACAUUUUGAACAGUUUUCUUCAUCUCCUUUUUCUCAUUUAAAAAAAAGAAGUUUGUGUAAUAAUUUUUAAAACAUGGAUGAAAUCCAGAGUUGCCUUUGUUAAUAACCCUUAUCAAUUUUUCAAAACGUAGACUAUACUUAAUACAAAAAAACCCCUCAAAACAAGAUGUGGUUAAAUACUAACUUUUAAUUAAGGUCCAAAAAAUUAAAUAUUACUUUUAAAAGUGAAAGUAAGGAGUCAGCUUUUACAUAACUCAGAUAAAUAUAUAAACAUUGAUUGGCUUUGUAUUCAAAAGAAAAUUAUUACAACUGCAGUUGGGGAGGAUAUAAGAAAGAAAAACAUCCAAGAAAAACAAAUCAAACUAGUGGCUGUAAAAUGAAUAUACCCAUUAUUACUAAGACAAGAAGCAAGUGUCUUCAGAACUACUUGAUUUGGGGACUUUUGUUGUUAUUGUUAAAUGCGUUAAUUACUAUAUGCCUUAGUUUUAUAUUUUGUUCUUGUGUAUUUUUACAUACAUUUACUUAACAUAGUAGUAAAAUAGCUAGCUAAUAGUAUUCCUUUUUUAAAAUUUUGUGCAAAAAAAUUUAUACUAGGUAUUUGAAAAUAUAGUAUACUUUACAAUAUUGGAAAAAUGAAGUAUUUUUUAAUGUAUUCCAGCAAUUAUGCUUCUAAGUUUAAGGUCAAAGAUAGUCUUAGAAUAGGACAUGAAAUUAAAGUUUAUGUAGCUUGGAAUGUAUUGCUUAAAAAAUGAAUGUAUGUGUCUUGGUCAUAUUGCCUUUAUAACCAUGCUAAUAUCUAUGCUUUACACAUAAUCAAACUUGCCUGCCUUAGAAAUAUACAUACCUUAAAAAUAAGUAUGUUGACUGAGAUUUGUAAACUGAAAUUCAUUUUCCACAGCUAUGAUUAUAUUAAGAGGUUUUUUCCCUUCUUUUUGGGGGAAACACAUUGAAAUUAAUUUAUGCGAUAUUAGAGAAUGAUGUUGAUGUGUGUUUCAAGUUUUUCAUUACAAAUCUCAAUUAGAUUUUAUUUACUGGAAGGAAGCAUAAAUGACACCUUUAAAUUGGAAGAGGGAUGUUUAAGUAUCAAUUUCAGGUCAAAAGUAGUGAAUUAUUUUAUUUUGUAAUAAGUUUUAUCCUAAAGUUUCUGGACCUGUCUUUCCUGAUGAACUUGUAUGAGAGCAGAUUUUGUGAAUGUUUUUUAAAAAAUGUUGCUGCUACUAUGUUGUCAUGUAAAAGAAAGUUGCCAAGAUGGACUUCUAGGGGGAAAAUUAUUGAUCUUAACAAAAAUUGCUGAAAUAUUGCUUCGCCUUUCAAAAAAAAAAAAAAAAAUCUCAGGAUGCUACCAGUCUGCCAUUAAAAUAUUUGUAUGCAUGUAUUUUUUUAAAGUUUGUGCAUGCACUUUAUAGAGUAAAUUGUUUCAGUUUUCAAAUACCUUAUAACCAAUUACUUUAUUUUUUAGUGUUCUUUCAGAGUUCAGAGAAUUUUCAGUGAUUGAAAAUAAUUAAUACAUAGUUUAAGACUGUGCUCUGAAGUCUUUGCAUUUGACAGCAAGAAUCAAAACCUCUUCCGUGUGCCUUUGUCAGCUAAUACAUGACCAGCAAGGAAAACCUUCAAAGUAUUCAUUAAAUACUAUACUGUGGAUACAGGCAAAACAGUA